GAUAAUGUGACCUCCACAUACAGACUAUACAGUAGUGUCAUUUCUUACCUAAGCAUACUUCAGCGUUUGACAAUAAACACUGAACCAGUACAAUAGGACGAGCCCCCAUAUUUACACUAAGAUAACGCUACUUAUUUGGCCUUGAUUUGAACAAAACGAAAAGGUAAACGAUGAACAAAAAAGGAAAUUAUGUUUUUGAGGACCGGGACAAUGAAGGCAAAACAUCAUAUGGAGUACCUUAUUGGACAUCAUGUCGUGUGGCACUCGCACUCAUCAGUUUCCUUGGGUUUACGUUCGUUUACGUUGUCCGUAUCAACUUCUCAAUCGCCAUGGUGUGUAUGGUCAAACGUCCAUUUGAUAAUGCAACAGGUGGGGUAAAUACAACUCAAGCACCUACAAACGUCACACCUGAUGAGGGUUCGUGUAGUGUAGUUGCUAGGGAAGAGAGUGAGUCGAAUGGCGAAUUCACAUGGGAUAGGCAGCUGCAGGGUUUUAUGCUUAGUUCUUUCUUCUAUGGCUACAUAAUUACACAAAUUCCGGCUGGGAUCAUAGCUGAUAAAUAUGGCGGGAAGAAAGUGUUCGCAUUUGGGAUGUUAAUUACCGUUGUUGCUAUGGUGUUGAUACCCGUUGGUGCAAGGUUUCACGUCUCUAUUGUAUUCGUCUGUAGGGUUGUCAUGGGGAUUGGAACAGGAGUUGUGUUUCCCGCCAUGCACUCGCUGUGGGGAAAAUGGGCCCCGCCAUUGGAGAGAAGUAAACUAAUGUCUUUCUGUUACUCAGGAACGAUCACUGGAAAUGUUCUCGCUUUAACGACGUCGGCUUUGCUAUGUACAAUCAACGUUGACCGGGGAUGGCCUUUUAUAUUCUAUGUCUCAGGUGGCGCCACAUUCCUCUGGAUAUUGUUAUGGGUUUUCUUUGUGUUUGACACACCACGUGACCACCCUCGCAUCACUGAAAUCGAGAGAAAUUACAUUGAGAGAUGUAUAGGACAAACUUCAUCCAAGAAUGAACCGCCUGUGGUGCCGUGGAUAUCAAUGCUGAAGUCUCCACCCUUAUGGGCAAUCAUAACUGCACACGUCUGCAAUAAUUGGGGGAGCUAUACUCUAUUGACAAGCCUGCCUUUAUAUAUGAGAGAUGUUUUAAAGUUUGACAUAAGAUCUAAUGGUUUUCUCUCUGCCCUUCCUUACAUAUGUAUGUGGGUAUUCUCUGUGAUAUGUGGACAGGUGGCAGAUCUCAUACGCGAAAAAGAGUAUCUGUCAACAGAGGCCACUAGAAAAGUUUUCCAGACUAUAGGUUUCGUGGGUCCAGCCAUCUUUAUGCUUGCAACUGGGUUUAUGGAUUGCGACAGACGAUAUCUGGCGGUUGCUUUUCUCACGAUAGGUGUCACUCUGACGGGGGCUGUGAGAUCAGCUUAUCUAAUCAACCAUGUCGAUGUAGCUCCGAGAUUUGCAGGCGUGUUGUUUGGAAUCACAAAUACUGCGGCCACUCUGCCGGGUAUCUUCUCUCCUAUGAUUGUGGGUGCAAUAACAACAAAUGGGACGGCGGCAGAAUGGCAAGUUGUGUUUUACAUCUGUACAGGAUUUUACUUAUUUGGACUUCUGGUAUUCCUGAUUUUUGCAAAAGGUGAAGUCCAGGACUGGGCGAAGGGGGAAGACGAUCACAUGGAAAAGUUUCCAAUGGACUCAAGUUUAAACGUAGCUCGUGUGGAUAACGGCAAUAUGUAAAUCGUAACUUAAAGCUGUAGUGCAACCAUGGAAACAAUGCAGCAAUGAACUGUACGUCUUAUAGACGUGUUCUGGCCAAUCAACGCAAAGCAUUACCGAUCAUCAUAAGUAACCAAUAUAUUGCUCAUUUUUUACAUUUAAGCUAUACUUAGUUUUUUAAACGUGUAAUUUAAACGUUUACGUUUCUAAAAUCUC